CGGACAGUACUGCUGGUACUCUCGGAGUCGAGGAAGCAACAUUUACGAAUGUAACACCGUAGAGCAGUGGCGAGGACGAGAACGUCGACAGGAAUUCAAACCAGUGGAGACUGGUGGCGAAAAUUGGUGGGUGCUUUGCGGCCCGGGGUUCAGUCUGGCUGUCAUCUGAAGCUGCUUUUUUGAAGCCAACUUGUAUAUACGCUGAAGGACAUGUGAAAGAGAGUUCAGUUACGUGGACGAUAUUUUAGUAUUUUUGCGAAGAGAGAGGACAAUGGCGGGAAUGGGUGAUGGGUACGUUGGGACAGCACAAGAUGCUGCGAGAAUCCGGCGUCUGCAGAAACAGCGUGAUGAGGAACGCCAGAAAAUUCUCGAUUUGAAGAAGAAAUUUAGUGAAGGCCAACCAGGCUUACUCCAAUUUGGACAAGGCACUUCAGAGCUCCUGGAGAGUGCCUUCAAGAAAGAAACUGUCGGAUUAGUGACAAGGGAGCAGUUUGUGGAAAAGAGAGUGAAUCUUCGAAGUAAGAUUGAAGAGGAGGAGAAGGAGAAACUUCAAAAGCUUGCGCAAGAAGAAGAAGAACGCCAUGUACAGAAACGGAAAAAGAGGAGAGCCAAAGGACCUUCACGGUUAUCUUUUGCUGAGGAGUUUGAGGGCGAUACCGAUGAGGAUGAAAGUAUAGAGAAAGAGGAGGUCAGAAAAGCAAAGCUUGGCAAGUUUGGGAAGGACCCCACGGUGGAGACUGGUUUCUUGCCAGACAGAGAGCGUGAGGCGGAGGAGCAGGCUGAGCGAGAACGCUUGCGUAAAAAGUGGUUGAAAGAACAAGAACGGAUACGAAAUGAACCUUUGGAAAUCACUUACAGUUACUGGGAUGGAGCUGGUCAUCGUCGAGUCAUCCAGGUUCGAAAGGGAGAUUCAAUUGCAGAGUUUUUAAGGGCAGUUCAGCAACAAUUGGCCUCCGAGUUUAGGGAAAUACGAACUGCCUCAGUCGAGAAUCUCCUCUACGUAAAAGAGGACUUGAUAAUACCUCAUCAACAUAGUUUUUACGAGUUGAUUACGAACAAGGCGCGUGGGAAGAGCGGUCCGCUAUUCCAUUUUGAUGUUCAUGAAGACAUCAGAACGAUAGCAGAUGCCACAAUCGAGAAAGAUGAGUCACAUGCGGGAAAGGUAGUGGAGCGGCACUGGUAUGAGAAGAAUAAACACAUAUUCCCUGCUUCCAGAUGGGAGAUUUAUGACCCAACCAAAAAAUGGGAGCGCUACACCAUUCACGGCGAUUAAUAUUUGACGGUGUAGUUUUUAGAAUCUUACGGACUUUGUAAGAAGUGCAGUUUCACUUGAGCAAGUUGUAUACAUGCGAAGUCGUUACUUAGGGAAAAUUGAGAAUCUAGUCUUUCAAGGAAUCGUCAAGUUGGAUUGUCAUAUAUCUCCAAAACAGAAGUGUAAAAGCUGGACAGUUACAGACAACUUUCAAAAAGUAGGAAUUUGUGUCGAGAAUACCUGUUCCCUCAAGAUUAAGUUAUUGACACUCACUGUUGUUGUAAAACGGUGGAUGUUCAAAUUAUUUAUUUCAAAAUGUUUGGAAAAAAGCAGUUGGUUUUUCCCG